AAUUUUUGAGGCGCAAACCGCAUCUCUCAUGCGACAGACUCGCCGAGUUGUCGUCACAACCUCCAUCAAUUCGACAUGCCUUUGGCUCCAGGCGCCGUGAGGCUAUGCAUGGUGGCAUGUCGCCGGUCGGCACAGCUGCAAAAACUGCCACGGUUGCAGCAGUUUGGCCGGCAACGCAUAGUCUCGCACCGAGCUUUCCGCACGAUGCCCGCGAGACGGGCUCGCGAGAGGGCCGGGAUGGGCAGACAGGAGGAGGAGGAGGAGGAGGACGAGGAGGAGGACGAGGAGCAGGAGGAGGAGGAGGAGUACGACGUCAAGGAAGACGAACCGCUGGAGAUAAAGAUGUUGAGGGAGGAUCCCGAAGUCAUUAAGGUGCUGGACGGGCUGGACGCGGCGGCCGAAAAGAAUGGCUACUUCACCUUCGACGACUUUGUCAACGCGCACGCGCCCCCGGAGAGUACACUGGAAGAGUCGGAGUUGGAGGCCAAGGCCCUAGAUGAUGAACUGCUCAAGGAUGACCGAGGUGACAGGCCGAACCAGUCAUCAUUUUGGUACGACGAGGACGACCCUGAGACCGACACCGAGGAGCACGACGAGUUCGACGAGGACGACAUUACGUCAAUGGCGCACGGGAAGCUGGAAGAGGUGCGGGAGAUGAGGCACUAUGCUCGCCUUGCCGUUUGGGAGAUGCCGCUCCUUGCCAAAUUCGCCAAGCCAUUUGCGCCCCCGAAGGAUGGCGAGGUCCUCCGAUGGCGGUACACGACCUACAUGGGCGAGUCGCAUCCAGCGGAGAAGAAGGUGGUGGUACAGUUUGCGCCUGACGACCUUAAUCUAACACCGGUGCAAACGGACAAGCUGAAGAAACUGGUGGGCCCCCGGUACAAUCCGGAGACGGAGCUGGUUAAGAUGAGCUGCGAGAGCUUCGAGCACCAGGCGCAGAACAAGCGGUACCUGUCAAACCUGGUCGACGAUCUGAUCGCGGCGGCCAAGGACCCCAAGGACACGUUCGAGGACGUGCCGCUGGACCUGCGGCACCAUCAAAUUAAGGCGAAGCCGCGCUUCCCCAAGGAGUGGCUCCUGACGGACGAGCGGCGGCUGCAGAUCGACGAGCAGCGGCAUCGCGCGGCGCUUGAGGACAAGACGAGGGCGGAGGGUGGGCUGCUUGUUGACGGCAAAAAGGUCAUCGACGGGUACCUCAAGGAGAGGCUGGCGGAGGAGCAGGAGAAGCAAAAGGUUGCGGAGCUAGUGGCGGCCGCGCCCAAGGGCGGCAAGUCGUGGGGCGGCGCGAACCGGGCGCGGCGGUGAUGCCUGGAGAUCAACAGCGGCAUGUAUAAUUACCAGACAUUUGAAGCCGAAGCAUUGUAGGGGAUGUGUAUGUGUGUGUACGAUCUAGGAUCUGGGAGCACUAAACAAGAUGCCUAUGGCAGCUCUCAUUUUUACGCG